GACGGUUGUGUUUAGCUAUUGGGAUCGGGUAGUCUCAGUAUUAGAAAAAAGAAUAAUUAAAAUGCCAUCUGCAGCGUCGACCACAGUGCGCAUACUGAUCGGUGGCCUAACGCUUCUAGUUGCUGUAGGCUACAAGAAUUACCGCGAUUUAGGUGCGCCCGGCAAGCUUCCCAAUUUGGAUAAUAAUGAGUAUUGGGGACCCCAACUCAAGGGCGCAUAUCAGGAGAAUAAAGCCAUUAAGCCGUACGACAUAAGUGUGGCCCCUGAGCUUAUUGCCGAUUUGAAGACGCAGCUGGAACGCCCGCUCAAAGUUCAUGACCCGCUAGAAGGCAUUGGCUUUGAAUACGGUUUCAAUUCCAAUGAGUUGAAAAAGGUGGUGAAAUAUUGGCGUGACGACUAUUUGCCCAACUGGAACAAACGUGAGGAGUUCCUUAAGAAAUUCCAGCAUUUCCAGACCGAAAUUCAAGGUUUAAAGAUUCAUUUUAUACAUGCGAAACCAACUAAUGCGAAGGCCAAAAAGGUGGUGCCCUUGCUCCUGAUGCACGGCUGGCCGGGAACAGUGCGUGAAUUCUAUGAUUUCAUUCCAUUGCUGACCAAGGGUAGCGAUAAGAGUGAAUACGUGUUCGAGGUGAUAGCGCCCAGUUUGCCGGGCUAUGGCUGGUCGCAGGGAGCUUCUCGACCUGGCAUGGGCGUCGCCCAGGUGGCCGUGAUCAUGCGUAAUCUGAUGCUGCGUCUGGGUUUUGAUAAGUUCCUCAUUCAGGGCGGCGACUGGGGCAGCACAAUUGGUAGCAAUCUGGCUACCCUAUUCCCAGAGAACACGCUCGGCUUCCACUCCAAUAUGUGCAACAACAAUAGUCCCAUGGGCCAUCUACGUAUGCUGCUUUCCUCCAUCAUACCAUCGUUUUACAUUGACAGCCAAUAUGCGCAAUACUAUGGGGGCAUUGGCAAGAUCUUCAUAACGCUUUUGGAGGAAUUUGGCUAUGCGCAUAUACAGGCCACCAAGCCGGAUACCAUUGGCGCCGCAUUGACGCAUAAUCCCGUUGGCCUGGCUGCCUAUAUCCUGGAGAAAUUCUCCACGUGGACCAAUCCGGCGUAUAAGAACUUGAAGGACGGCGGUCUAACCAAGCACUUCACGUACGAUCAGCUGCUGGAUAAUAUAAUGAUCUACUAUGUGACCAACUCGAUAACCACAUCCGUGCGUUUGUAUUCCGAGUCGAUGGGCAAGGCCCAACAAGACCUGAAUGUGGAAAGUGUGCCCGUCAAGGCGCCCGUUGCCUGUGCACGAUUUGCUCAUGAAAUCUUCCAUGUGCCCGACUCGGUGCUGGCCAAUAAGUUCCCGAAUCUGAUACAGAGCACCCAUUAUCCGGACGGUGGACACUUCCCGGCAUUCCAGGUGCCCGAGCAACUCUACGCAGACUUUGUGUCCUUUGUUCAAAAAGCUCUGAAAUCUAAUUGAUUAUAUUGAUUAAUGUUGUACUUUU